AUGGAGGACCUCUUUGAUUGGUGGAAGCGGAAAGCUAAGACCCUUACUUUUUCUAAGGUAUGGCUCUAUGGAGUUGCCCUUAUUCCAUACUUUGUGUGGAUGGAGAGGAAUGCUAGAUGUCAUAAUAGUGCUGCCAAGCAGUACAAGCAAUGCUUCGCGAUGGUUAAGGGUGAAAUUUGUAUGUUCUCUUCGGUUCAUCUUGGGCAUCCCCUUUCAAUUUCGGAUCUAUUAUGUGCUAGAAGGUUAGGCAUUCCCCGUGUGGUUUGUAAGCACAGGGAAAUAAUUGAAGUGUUCUGGUGUCCUCCUUUCCCUGGUUGGGUGAAGUUGAACAUUGAUGGGUGCUCUUUCGGUAACCCAGGGAAGGCAGGGGUUAGAGGAAUCUUUAGAAAUGAGAGAACAAAGUCCAUCCUGAAUUUUAGAAAAUUCGUUGAUAUUAAAACAAAUUUUGAAGCUAAAUUUUUGGCGAUCAUGGCUGGUCUUGAGCAGGCUAAGGAUCAUGGCUUUCAAAAUCUCUGGAUUGAAUGUGACUCUGCAACUGUGGUGAUCCUUCAAUCUAAAAGUCUGAUUCCGUGGUUUAUUCAGCAAAGAUGGAGGGGUAUUUUACCUUUUAUGAAUUCUAUAAAUUGGAAGGUGUCUCAUUGUUUCAGGGAAGCAAACACAGUGGCCGAUUUCUUGGCUAAAUCAGCAACUCGUUUAGAAAUUUCUUCUCUAGUGGCAGCCUGGGCAAGGUCGGUGUUUAUGGAUAUGGAUAUGGAUGCUGCCCAGCAUCCUAGAUACCGAUUCCCUUAG